AGUUGCAUCCGUCUUCCAUACCUUGUUUCAGAACGUCCUGGUCGUUUUAGAACGACUCAAUUAGCUUGAUUUUUAAUUUUACUCUCCAUCAAAGGGUAUUUUUCAGUUAUCCAUUUUUGAUAAAUUUUUCUUUACUUGAAUAUCCAAUUUUCACAAACAGACAUAUACAUACAUUGACAGUCCAUCCCCGUUUAUAACAUCUCUGAAUUGAAUUCCAGAACUUCAAACACCCACAGAAAUGCAGCAUGCGCGAAUCUUCAACUCCGGGGGCCAGUCAAGGCGAAACCAUUCUGGGUCCAGUAAUGUCUUGAGCUCACAGUCGUUAUCCAAGUCCAACUCCAUGAACUCAAUGUCUGCCAGCCAGAUGAGUAUUCAAAUAGGAGCUUCCCGUGUAACGUCUUCUUCUUCUGGUAACCACUUUAUGAAUAGAAAUAUGAGAAGUACUAUAACUGUAGGAAAGAAGCAUGCACCAAUUGAACAACAAAUUCAUCAGACUCAGACCCCCAACUUGACGUCUACAGUCCAACCUAAUCUUAAGGACCCUAUCCCUCUAACAGUAUGGUUUCAUGAUCUUAGAACUUCUGAUGAAGAUGUAAUAAUCGACUCCAAUGCCAUACCAGGAGGUGUGCGAAACGGACAAGUGUAUAUGUUACAGCUGUUGGAAACCGAAGAUCUGAAAAAGUUGCUCUUCGUCAUCAACGAUCGAAACAUAAGAGAUAAUAAUGCCGCUGCGCAAGAUGAUUUACAAUCGUCUAAGUUCCAGAUUUCGUUGAUAUCUAAUCCGUUACAAAAAUUGUUGGAUAUUCCACCUCGUAGUUUAGUGCAGAUCAAACGGAUUCAGAACUUGGCUAAGGUUGAAGCUGAUUCCGUAGAAAUCUUUAUCAAAGACGUCAACUUAUCACGAGACUCUAUGUGGAACUUUUCUUCCACUUUGGUGAAUUCGUGUGUACACAUCGACAAAAGACUAUUGUUCCUAAACAACAGGACAGGCAUCGUAAAGUAUAUCUACAAGAAUGGACGGAACGUCUUCUCGGGCUACAUUGGUGAGAAUACGAAAGUCACUUUCAGAUCUGAAAGUGCAAAGCUCACCGUUUUGGUACAGUUGUCACGGGAAAUGUGGCACUUUGAAGAAAAUGGCGAAAUUAUGUUCCAUAAGCUUGUAAACAACUUGUUUCCCAAGAUGUUUAAAAGAUGGAGAGAUAGAAAUACCCAUCAUGCAAUCACAAUAGUCUUGUUCACCAGCAUGGAUUUGACUGAUAUACCGUGGACAACUUUGGGUCAAGGUGAGAGACCCAAUAACCGCAGAGACUACUUCAGAGUUGUCGUAGACCAGGUUAACAUCUUUCACUGGGAUAAGAUUAUGGCCAAUUUGCGGUUGGAGUUUGCUAACUUCAAACGUGAUAUCAUGUUGAAUCAGCAAGAUACAAACCACUACACUAUGGAUGGUGAACCUCUCCCUUCUGUGAAAGGAAACAUAUUGGAAGCAGUCAACUUGGGAAUGACCUUGGCAAACAACAGAUUCAUUAACACUGAUCUUAAGCAUUCCUUGAACCAUUAUAUCGUUGUAACUCCAGGAACAGGUAUAUAUGAUGUUGACUAUGAGCUCAUGCUUGAAACAAGCAAGAAGAUGUCCACAAUUGAUUAUGGAUUGGACAUCAUUUGUUUGAGUCAACCUCCUCUUCAUGUUGUCCCAUUAUUUCGUUUUUCCAAAGAUGGCAAAGUAAAGCACGUCGUUCCUAACUGGUGUGAUAUUUCUUAUUACAAAGAUCUGAACCAGUCUGCAAAUCUGUGGAUCCCUCGUUGCAAGAUUUAUGAAUUGCAAAUGAUGGGAGUCAUGGAAAACAAUAUGAAUCAGAUCAGAAUAGAUCGCUUUCAAGUUACCCAAAAGGCUCCUACUAUGAUAGAAGCCAUGGAUAACUACGAUAACGACCUUUUCAAACCGGUGAAUCAUAGAAAAUAUAUAAAGGAAAACGAUGAAAAGGCAAUAGACAGUUAUGAAAUAAAGGAAAAGAACAAUUCCAAAUUCAAACCCACAACCUUAAAAAAUGCCAAUGCGACCCUUUCGUUGAUUUUCAACAACAGAACUCGAUUGCAGCCUACCGAAUUGACUCCCUCGAAUUCAUCGGUGUUGGGAACUGUUACACAUAGCAAUGGAGAGGCUUUGUCGACGUUGUACAAUUUGAAUAAGAUUUCUGAUGAUCGCACUAUUUCUUCCUUAGCCCCGCUGAUUUCUAGCACCAGAUCAAUAAGUAGCAAAAGAUCCAUGGAUAUCUUGAGAAAAGAAACACAUUCGCCUCGUUUGAUUAAGAGUGAUUCCUUAUUCAAAACUGAGACAGGAGCUUCUACACCUGCAGAACCUAGGACAACGAAAUCUGUUGAACGGGAACGUAAGUCUCGUCACCUUAUGAAACAUUACGAAUCUGAGAAUCCUACUGAUAUCUUCUGGACUGAGAUUGAAAACCCUUCUCAGGAAUACCGUGCAGAUACACUUUUGUAUCCCAAUGUGAGUAGGUGGAGUAAUGCUUUCCCAGAUAAAAUCAGACGUAGAUUGGUGAAGUGGAGGUCAUUGCAGUCUCCAGCCGCAUUGCCUAUUACAACCUCUGUAUUUCCGUCUGUAAAGAUAUUAGAGACUGAGUACACGUUUCAAAUUUACAAUGUGUUGCUAAACUAUGAAAACUACUUGGAACUUGAAACAACUCACGAAUUGAUGCGUGAAAUGAUUCAGUUGAGACUUCUUUUAGGUUUCCAAAUUUGUUUUGGUGAUCAAGUUAAAAAAGCUGAAAGUGAACGCAAGCCAGCUGGCAAUGUGGAAAGCUUGAUAAAGUAUUUGCCAAGGCACAGCUCACUCGGAGCACGAAUUUAUAUGUCUCUUGGAGAUGAGAUACAUCGUAUCUAUCUUGACUACAACGGGAAUUUAAAUGUCCAAUUGUAUCAUAAGACGGUGACUAAUGAAGAAAACAAGAUCACUCUUGGCCAAGCCAAACUUACCAACUACUUUCCAUUAAUUAGAACUCGUUAUGCUGAUGAAUACUCCACAGCGAAAAUUGAUGGUAUCAAUCUGAAACCAAAGAUGUACAAUUGGAACCAGUUCGACCAAUAUUUAGCUGGGUAUGAAGAUGCUAUGCCAGAUGCAAAUAAGGAUUUCUAUAAAAUGAAGUUCGUUGUAAUGCCAGCACCUAUUCCUAAGAACGCUUUCUAUAUUACCAAUGAGAACUUGACAGACGAAGAAAUUCGUGUUGAAGGCUUAAGAAAGUUGAUCGCUAUGAUUGAAAAAGGAAAGUAUUUGAAGAGGAAGGUUACUUCUAAGAAAGAAGAAAUAUUGCCUGAAAUUGUAUUCUACACUGGCAACUUGUACGACUUCUUGAAUGAGGAGGCACAGAACUUUGACAAUACUGGAAAUCAGGCUGGACUUAUGAUUCCAGAGAGCAUGAGAUUCAAUAAGAGUAUUAAACUUUCUGAAUUAGCAGAGGAAUUGCAGACCCGGUCUACUGGUCUACCAUUAGUUGAUAGAACGUGGCAUUUCAAGAGACAUUUGCAUUGUUUCUUAGGAAGUGAGUUGGUCUCGUGGUUAUUGGAAUGUUUUGAAGAUAUUCAGACCAGGGACGAAGCCACAAGCUAUGGUCAGUCGUUGAUGAACAAGGGCUUGUUCAAGCAUGUUGAACUGAGACAUGGAUUUUUGGAUGGUUACUACUUCUAUGAAUUUGAAAGUGAGUACAUCGACAAGACCUAUAUCGAGCUGAAGAAAGGCUGGUUUGGAAUCAAGAAGACUUCUUCAGAAAAGCCAGACACCGAUUCCAAUACUCCAGUGUAUACGAGAAACAAUUCCGAUGUCGAAUCACUCUCUUCACCAGCUUUGCCCCUGCAAGAUCCGCUUGAUUUGAAAAGAAUAACUAGUACCUUAAUUACAGACUCUGGAGCAUCUUCAUUAGAAGGAAGUAGAAGAAGAAAGAAGUUCAUCUUAAGCAGAGCCGUUAAGUACAAUGUUGACAGUUUAGGUAAAUCAUUCAGACCCGAAAUUGUUACCGUUCAUUAUGACAGAGUUCAUAAUCCAGAGCAUUGUUAUCAUAUCAGAUUGCAAUGGCUAAGUACCACGGGAAGGUUUAUUGACGAAGCCAUUACCAACUGGUCCAGAUUGUGCGAGAGACAUGGGUUGAAAUUAGUGGAAACUCCUUGGAAAGAGCUAUGUAAUAUUCCUCUGAUCAGUCCGUUCCACUCCUUUGUCGAUAUCAAACUUUGCGUGAACCCUCUUGUUGAUCCUGAAUUCCUGGAUGUGAAGAUUCUCAGAAAGAAUAGGUUUUACUAUCACUUGUAUUUCCUCAAGAAAUUUGAAUUCCUCUUGGAUAACAGAUCAUCUCUUUUCUUUCUGAAAGAUAGUAUUGAAAUCUCAUACAGUUGGGGUAAACCUUCGUUUCAAUAUGCCCAAUAUAUUCAUAAAAAUGGCACUUAUAUUAUUGAGCUUCGUGACAAUGGAGACUUUUUCCUUGCUCCCAAUAAUAUCCAUAUCACCAGAGUGAAUACUACACUCACAUCAAUUCCCGACUUUGACGGUAGCAUCACGACGUACAAUACAAAUUCCCAACAGGUUAUGUUGAACUUCAGGUCUGCUUGUCAGAAUGAAGAUUAUUUGAAAGAAUUGUUCCGCGAAGCGAAAAGCAACUGGCGAGAAGAGUUUCCCUUGGAUAUGAUGCCUACGGAUCUUCCUCAGUAAUAGAAGUUGAAAAGUUGAAAAGUUGAAAGUUUGUCUUGUAAAUAUAUAUGUAU